AUGGAUGUAUACGGGGAGAUUUUUAUUCUCGAGAAGAUACCACAGGCGGCGCCACGUUUGGACUACUUGAAUAUACGAUGCGGGGCGAGACUCAUUGCUAUACUUGGAAUUUUGUUCGGCGUCACAAUAUCAACAAUGUUACUAAUAAAGGACAGAAAAAACUUGACGCCAUCCACGUUGAUAUUAGUCGUGUUCCUGUCAAUAUUUGUUAUCGUCACAAUCAUGUUUGUCUUGACUUCUGUCCUGCUAUUAAUGGCCGCCCUAGAUGAGAAUCCCGACCUAAUGUCCUAUUACAUUUGGUUGAGUAUUGUGUACCUCUGUAUACAAUUAGUGCUUGCUAUCAUAAUACCACUGCUGUUGAUAGUCGAGGGUCGGUAUCCACCAGUUAUUGCACUUAUAUGGAUGGUCAUCGUCAUGAUUGUGGGUCUAGGGUGGACGCAUUUUAUAUCUGUGGUCAGCUCAUACAGAUUGAGUCUUCUAAGUUCAAGUCAAUUUUAA